UGGUUUUGUUGCUGUGGAUGCUAUGACUGCUGUCGGGUCUAAAUUUAUAGCUUUUUAAUGGCGAUUAGGGUUUUAUCCCGACGCCAUCUCCAUCGAGCCCUCUCCUCGCCCAUCCAAAUUACUCCAAACCCCCCUCGAGAAUUCCAAUCUUUAUCAGGACCCCCUGAUCCCCAGCCCCAAAUCCCGUUGCAGUCCCCAGAAAUCGCCCAAUUCAACCGUCACCAAAUCGCCGCAGCCAACGCAUUGCUGAGGUACGGCUUCCCUCGCUCCGAACUCCUCGGGUUCAUCCGAAAGAACCGAUUUUUAUCCGACUCGACGCGCUCCGACGUCGAGAGUUGCGUUCGGGCCCUGCUGUCAUUUGGCCUUACCCAGAAUUCUCUCACUUCGGUCCUCCUCAACUGCCCUAGGGCUCUGCAGUUAGGGUUUGCAGAAGAAUGGAGGUCGGCCCUUUUGGGAUUCGGGUUCUCCGCCGUCUCCCCGUCCCUGAUCUCGAGGGUUCUCGCGCAAUCCGGGAAGUUCCGGAUCGAGCCGGAGGAUUUCUGCAAAGGUGCUCGUGCGAUGAGGAGCUUGGGGUUUAGUGAUGGGACGAUAAUUAGGGUUUUUGAGGAAUUGCCUGCCGCGUUCACGAGGGAGCCCGUCGAGGUUGGUCGGAGAGUUGAGGUUUUGGUUGAUUUUGGGAUCGAGAAGGAAGAAGUCGAUAGGAUUUGCUUCGAGUUUCCAACCUUCUUAGCGUUUGGUGUGGACGGGAGGUUGGGGCCUUUGUUUCAAGAGUUCAGGGGUCUGGGCUUUUCUCUGAAUGAGGUGAAGAGCGUUUUGCUUGGAAAUGCGAGGCUCCUCCUAUCGAUGGAAGCGGGGGAAAUGUCCCGGUGCUCGGAGUUGAUCAGAAGCCUGAAGUGCCGAGCCCCGAUUAAGGAGAAAAUUCUGUCUAAGGGUCGUCUCAGGGCCAGUACUGACGUGAAGCUUAGAGUAGAUUUCUUAUGCAAGUACGGUUUGAUCAAGAGAGACGCUUUCAAAGUUCUGUAUCUAGAGCCAAGAUGCAUCUUAUAUGAGCUCAGGGACAUCGAGAAGAAGAUUAAUUUUUUGAUACAAAACAUGGGUUUUACGGUCGAACAUUUGUUGGAGUUUCCAGAGUACUUGGGUGUGAGUUUGGACAAGCAUACGGUUCCGCGUUUCAACGUCAUCGAGCAUCUGAAAUCGAUAGGUGGGCUCGGUUUCGACGUGCAGUUCAAGCAUUUUGUGAGGCUUAGCAGGCUAAAAUUCUAUAACUUGUACGUGAAGCCUUACCCAGAGUGCGAGAAAAUAUUUGGUGGAGUUGUUAGGGAGAAGGAAGUUAGACCUCGGCAUCCUCCUGGGCUUUGGAAGAUGUUUAAGCCUAAGAAGUUUCCUGAUAGCAGAGAAGAUGUGAGGAACAUGAAGCUCUUUGUGGAGUCUCUGGUUUAGAUUAGAUGCCAAUGAGCUGUGAGCACUGUCUUUUUAAGGAACACGUGAAGGUGAUCGAAAAUAACCUGGCGCCCAUCCAUGGAAGCAUGAUAAGUGACAUUAAGGGCGAGUUCAAGUUGAUCUGAAGCUCCAAUUCAGCAAAACUUCCCACUAACUGAGAAUAGUUAUUUUGGAGCGUUACCGGGGGUGGGGUCAAAAGAUCUCGGUUAGAAACCCAGAUAUUGAUUAACAGAAUGGAAGAGUUAUCGCUCAGCAGGAUUUAGUGUAAGAAUAGGAUUCAUGUAGCUGACUCUGAAAACUACGGACAAAGGCUCUGUUCUUCUUGUUGUUGUUCCACCGGAUUACCAGUCUGCAACAUUUUACAGUUUGAAAUUUCGGUGUUUCACAUAUUCCAGUUCUAGUUUGGGUUUUGAUGUAUAGAACUCCUAGGAUUUCUGGCAUGCCCUUUCAAAGAUGACAGUGGCCUGAUGAAACAACGAUCACACACGGUGAAGCCUGCAUAUGCUCGAGCUUGCCUAUUAUGUUGACAU